AUGCUCGUGUUCCUGCUGUUCACCGCUCUAACAGCCCCAGUGCUGUGUGAGUCAGAGCUUGGGUCUAACUUCGCAGAGAGCAGCGCUGCAGGAAGAGUUGUGGGAGGUGAGGAGGUGCCCUCUUACAACUCGUGGCCCUGGCAGGUUUCUCUCCAGUUCUACUCGGAUGGAAAGUAUCACCAUUUCUGUGGAGGAACUCUGAUCCGUAAAAAAUGGGUCAUGACGGCUGCUCACUGUGUGUACAGUUCCGGCUCUGUGCGCGCGUUCAUGGGUGAUCUUAUCCUGGACAUUAGUCACUCGAUGGAGCAAGUCAGGGAUGUCAUGGGUGUUUAUAUCCAUCCGGACUGGAACAAUGAGAGCAUCUCCUCAGGUAACGACAUCGCCGUGUUGCGGCUGUCCUGGGACGUCUCCCUGACCUCGUACGUGAAGCCGGUCGCUCUGCCUUCUUCCGCUGAGAUGCUGCCUGACAACAGCCACUGCUACAUCACCGGAUACGGACGCAUCUCCACUGAUGGGAGCAUGUCCAACAGGAUGAGAUACGCCAUACUUCCCAUUGUUGACCACCAGACAUGCACCAGCGCUGGUUGGUGGGGCAGCACCAUCAAGACCACCAUGAUCUGUGCUGGAGGAGGUGCUCAGUCGGCGUGCAAUGGAGACUUCGGUGGCCCUCUUAGCUGCAGCCUUAACAACAUUUGGUAUGUCCACGGUGUCGCCAGCUUCGUGUCGGGUUUGGGAUGCAACGCUCCCCAGAAGCCCACGGUCUUCACCCGUGUUUCUGCCUACGUGACGUGGAUGAAUUCGGUCAGUGAUGAAAAUAAAAACAAAAGGGUCAUGAACAAUCCUGAAAAUGAAGGUUGA